GCACAACUUAUUAUUGAAAAGGAGUGUACGUAAAACACGAGCUGCACGAGAAAAAGGAAAUAUAAAUUUGUGUAAAUAUAAAUUAGUGUAUUGGAAAUAUUUAACUGAUCAAAUGAACCUAUCUUUAAUGCUUCUAUACAUGACAUGUAUACACAACUGAAACUAGAAAUCGCAAAUUUGGAUACAGAGUUUGCAGGUCUGCACAACAAUUUUGCAAAUAUGAGGACUGAAAAUGUAAAUCUUGGAACAGAAUUGGUGAACCUAACAAUGAGCUAUGGAUAUUUUCGAAAUGAACUUGAAAAUAUAACUACAGAGAAUAAUAAACAUCAUAGAGAUCUACAAAAUAUAUCAGUAGGACUUUCUACAAUACAGAAAGCUGCAAUGAAUUUAACAUCUGCAUAUCAGCAACAAGCAAAACAGUUUUCAGGUCUUGAAUAUCAGUACACAAAACUAAAUGAGAAGUUUGAAAACCAGUCGACAGAUAAUAGUAAUGCUAAUUCUGGAACCAGUCAGGGUAACAAAGGCAACCUGACAAACAACAACAUAACUAAUGUCACAAAGAGAGUUGGGUUUUCCGUUUCUAUGCCAGAGAAGGCAACAAUUGGCCGUGAUGGACCUUUGAAGUUCACACAUGCCAUCUACAAUGAUAAUGAGGCCUUCAACUUUACAUCUGCCAUGUUUGUUUGCAAAGUCCCAGGAUUAUACUUCUUUUCAUCCACAAUAAUACGUGAAACAGGCGGUUACCCAGAAUCCUUCUGUUACCUUAUGAUCAAGGGUUUUGCAAAAGCCUAUCUCGGUGCCUAUAGUUUUAAAGGAUCAGAUGGAAACCCGUCUGGGACUGCGUCUGUACUAUAUCACAUGCAGGAAGGUGAUACAGCUUAUGUUGGAAUGUGCGGUGUCAUUCGACAAAUUGCAAAAUAUUCAAAUUUUAAUGGAUUUUUGAUUCAGGCAGACUGACACUUCGUAUUUCAGUACCACACUAACGUUAAAUCAUUUCAUAAACGAAGUUUACAGAAUAUCGCAGUGAAAAAAAACUUGGGUAUGCCUCAACAGUCUGUAAUGCACUGUGUCAGGGUGGGGGUGGGAAGCUGUAAUGGUCGGUGAGUCGUUAUCUUACUGCUACACCCUCCUGCUGUUUUAUGUAAAGCUUUUAUACUGUAUAAAUAUAUUAUGAACUAUCCCAUUCCUGGUCUGUUAUAAACAUCCCUUUUAAGGACUUAAACUUGAUUGUUUGAUUGCAUUGAGUAGAACCGCUUCUCCUCAAAUCUGCCAUCGGCUUACAGUAAACAUGAACACU